AUGGGGGCCAAGAGCAGGCCAGGCCUUCUUCAGGACUGCAUUGGAUAUCUCGUCUUGCCCAGGUGUGCUGCUCUUGGCUUGGAAGAUAGCUUGGUAUGCUUCUCCAGAUGUGAUGGUUGGAAAGGGGAGGGUUGCCUCCGGAUUGUCACUAUUGUCAAAGGGGAUGUCAUCUGCGCAGGCAGCCUUCUGGAGGAGGGUUUUUACCAGGAGCUCUGCUUUGGCAUCAGGAGUGGUGUGGACUGUUUCUCCAUUCUUGAGAGGUGGGAUUGGGAAGGAUCCCACUGUCCUAUUCCACUUGAUUGCUCUGAAAACAUCCUGGCUGUCAGUGAAGUUAUCCAGUUGUGUUCGCCAGUAUUGCCGUUUUGCUUGGCGUACUGUGCGGCGCAAGGUUCGUUGUGCCAUUUCUAA